CAUAUCUAAAUGAAGAUGAAUAUUCAAUUGCUAUGGAAUUUUUUCUUCAAAUCGAUAUCAAUCUUUUUUAUAUGAAAACAUGUUCAUAUCGAGAAGCAAUACCUAUAUCAAAUGAAAUUAGUCUCAUUUGUAUGAAUGAACCACAAGUAUGUUAUAGUAUGACUCAAUGUAAUCGAACAUCGUGUUCUUUAUGUUAUCCAUCUUACAAAUUAACAUAUCGUAAUGAUAAACCAAUUAUUCAGUUUGGACCUAAUCAACAACAUCAAUUUAUAAAUAAUUAUCGAUCGAUUCUUAAUUGUCCAGCAACAUGUAAUACACAAAAUAUUAUUUAUGUUCUUACAUGUCCAUGUCAACAAGUCGAUUAUAUUGGUGCAACUAGUUUAUCGUUAGCUGGUCGUCUAUCUUAUCAUCAAAAACAUAGUAAUCGUAUUGUUCAAGAAUUUCUUCUUGGUGAAAAAAAUAUUACUCGAAUUCAUCAUGAAAUAAAAUCGAACGAAGAUUUAAGCAAAGAUAGUAUGGCACUUUAUCAACAUACAGCUCAUUGUCCAGCAGCUAUUCAAUGGUUUUUAGAUGAAAAUCCUGAAUAUUGGAUUUUUGUUCCAAUCGAAACAAAUAAUGAUGAAUGUAGAUCUACGAUUGAUUCCAAUAUGUUUAGCUAUGCUCAGGACAUACCAUCACCACCAAUCAACUAUCAAUUUACUAAUCAACAAAAAAUUGAAAUAGAUCGAUUUUUUCAUGAAGAAAAAUAUUUAAAAUCGCCAAUCAAUGAUCGUCUCGAUUUAUAUCAAGCUGCAAUUGUUGCUAUAUUGCCUACGAAUGGAUCAAAUGCUUUGAGACAAUUUAUCGAAGCAUUAUUUAUUACUCAUACUGAAGCACAACUCAAUACAGAUGGUCAUUUAGAUAAACUUCUAUUUUCAGAUGGAAUAAUUAAUAAUCAGAACGAUUUUUCUAAAGAAAAUAUUUGGUGUAAAGAUCUUGUUCGUCGACCUUUUUGA